AUGUCUGACUAUUUGCCUCCAGAGGUUUGGGUUGACAUUCUUAGAAGACUGCCCUUGAAGUCCAUAGGAACAUGCAUGUCUGUUUGUAAAUCCUGGAAAUCCUUUAUCGCAGAUCCUUACUUCUUAUCGCAACGUAGUACCCUCCAAGUCAAUCAAACUAAUGGAUCUCUUUUAAUUGGCCUAUAUCCCCUAAUAAUUGAAAAUUACAGUGGGGAAAUGAAACAUUACUUCGUCCAAGACUGUUACUUAGUGCGUUCAGAUAGUCAUCAGGGAACGAAGUACCAUUCAUAUCAUCAGAAAUUACUACUCUCUGAUACAUACUAUGAUCUAAGACUGAUCGGCGUUUGCAAUGGUUUGGUUUGUUUUGUUCAACCGCCUUAUCAUAAGAAUACCAGUAUGCUUAUUUGGAACCCAUCUCUUCGAAGAUAUAUCGACUUUCCUACAUCCGCACCCAGUAUCGUAACUUACCCCGGGCCAAGGCCUUUGUCUCUUUUUGGGUUUGGUUAUGAUUCUAAGAACAAUGACUUCAAGGUGGUUAGAGUUUUCUGUUUGUGGGUUAAGGAGGAAGCCAUUCCUCAAGUUGAGGUUUAUUCUCUUGCUUCUGCCUCUUGGAAAAAGGUCUCUUCUAAAGUGCCUCCAUUUCUCGUUGUUGAGAAAACUUCCCAGACGAUGUUUUUGAAUGAUGCAAUACAUUGGCUUGUGAGGAUUCGGAAGGGUAAUGAUGUUUACUAUACUAUUCUAUCAUUUGAUGUGGUUAAAGAGACACUUAGUGAGCUGAUGUUAGGCCAUUGUUUAAAGGAGACACUUGCUGACAUAAAUAUUUUGCCAGGAUUAGUGGAUUUGCUUGCUAUUUCUACAUUUUACCUAGGAACGUCUCAUCAAACAUUUUUCAGUGUCUGGGUGAUGAAAAAAUACGGUGUUGUAGAAUCAUGGACUGAAAUGUUUCGUUUUCCUUCAUGUGAUUAUGGGAACAUAUCAACGGUGUUAGCACUUAAGAGCAACGACCAAAUAAUGCUAAGACGUGUUAAGGGAGACAUUAUUUUACUUGAUUUGAAGAAUAAUUUAGUAGAGGAUAAUGGGACAAUUAGGGCACCUGGAGGUGCUUUUGUUGAAUGCUACGUGGAGAAUUUGUUUUUGAUGAACCAUCAAACCUUACCAAGGCAAGGUGCAGAUUCCAAGACGAAGAAGACAGAGAAUCACGUGGAGUCAUUACGAAAGUUGCAUUCAUGCUGGACAAAAACAUAUACUAUUGGCCGAGCAAUAUGA